UAUAUGUAUAUAUAUAUACACAUAUUUUAACCAACCCAAAUAGAUAAUGACCACUCUUAUUAUUAUUAUUAUUAUUUUCAAACAAUAUAUCUAGAUAGACACACACAAACAAAAUGGUUUAGUGAUAACAGUUGAAUAGAAUAGAAUAGGUCAUACAGCUUAAACAAAUCAAUAACAUGUUCUUCAUCUUCCCUCCUCUCUCUCUAUCUCUUGAUCCUCCAUUUUCUCUUUUUAUCUUCCCUCUUCUCUCCCUCUUCUCCUAUUUUCAGUUUUUUUUUUGUGUUUUUUCGAAAGAAACAAUUUGGAACCGUUACGUAACGGUGCGUAACAGGCCGUUACGAUUGUUACGGCAUUGUUACAACCACUACGGUAGCCGCUACAGCCGACACACCUGUGAAUCUCAAUCGCACUGCAAAAGCGGCCGUAACGGGUGGCGGUAACCGCCAAAACCGUUACGUAACGGCGUUACGUAACGGUUGCGGCCGCUUUUUAAAACCUUGAUUAUAGGCCUUUGGCCCACUUAUCUGCAUGCCCGUAAUUCGUUAUUACACACCGAACUUCAUCGAAGCAAAUCUCGAGAGAGAGAGGGUUGAUCGGAGAUUCAAAAAUGGCGAACUAUCACUUCGUGUACAAGGACGUGGAAGGAGUUUCGACUCAAUGGGACGAUAUUCAGAGAAAAUUGGGAGACCUCCCUCCGAAGCCCCCUGCAUUCAAGCCCCCAUCUUUUACGCCCGUCGAGGACAAAGACUCUAAACACAAAGACAAUGCCUGGAUCGAUGAUAGGACCGAAGAACAACUCGAAGAUCUCGAGGAUGAUCCCGAUCUCGACGACGAUCGCUUCCUUCAGGAGUACAGGUAUCAUUUUCCGUCUUCUGAUUCUCCUAAUUAUGCGCUUGGUUCCCAAGAAUCCGAAGGAAACCCAAUUAAAAAACCCAGCUAUUUUCACUCAUACAGUUUAUUGGUUCAGUUAAAUUGAGUUUCUUUUUGCUGUUUAUUGUACCCGGCAUGUAUUUGGCGUACCCGGUAAGUGUACCGCUGUAUCGGUAUGUGUGCCCGCACUUGGUAAGUAUCCGAUACUUAUACGGCAUUAUUUUUGGAGUACCCGUGUUUCAUAGCUUAUAUAGAUGACCCCGUGUAGACUCAAGUUUGGGAAACCAGGAAACUUGGGACAUAAACUAAGUAACUUGGGACAUAAACUAAGUGAAUUUGGAAGCAAGCAAUAGCUAAAACUUAAAAGGCUUAACAUAGUUGAUACUAUGAGGCCUAGUUGUGUGUACUCUAUAUUCAGCUCAGCUAAGGAAAAAUUCUGUGCUGGUGAUGUGUACGAAGACAGGAACUCACGAGAGGUCCUUUGAAGCUAAUAGCUACUAUUCACUGUGUGAUUACAUUCUUAUUUUGGAAUGUGUAAUUACACCACCUCUUAGAUGACUAGGGCUCUAUAUGUGAUUUUAUUUUAUUUUUGUGGUGAUGGUCAAGACCAUAUAUAUGAUUUCGUCAGCCUUUCCUCCCAACUUUCUUCUUUUUCUACCUCUAGGCUCUUAACAUUGUGUUUGGGACCAAAUCUUUUUAGAAUUGUAGAUUUCAAAAUGGGAAAGGAAAAGAAAACGUUUCUAAGGAAUUCCUUUUGUGUGUGUGUGUGUGUGUAUGUGUUUGUGUUUAGAACUAAUUGGAAUUAGAAGGAAACUAUUCCAUUCUUUUGUUUGGUUUGAUCAGGAAUUGGAAAGGAGUUUUUUUGUUUGUUGAAGAUCAUGCCCUUAUUAGCUAGUAGGGAACUUAUAAGAAGAGAGUGUAUUAUGGGUAUAUGGGAUUAGAUAAGAUUUUAUAAUUCUAAUUCCCUUUAAAUUCAGCCAUUUCAUUGGAUUUCAAGACUCCUUUAUUUUGCUUUCCCCCUUCCCCAUUUUAGAUUCCGUUCAUUCCAAACAUAUUGAAUUCCAUUUUGAAAUGCCAAUGCCAUCAAAUUCUGUCAAAUCCCACAAUUCCAAACACACUGUAAGACUCAACUUCUCAUUGUUUGCAAAUUUUUCUUGGCAUCUGACUUUCAGAGCUGUC